GAAUUGACGAAAUUAAGAACCAAAUUUCAGAUAGGGAACUCUCUCUAUUCACUUGUUCAUUGUUAGGUUGACUGAACAAGUCCAAAUUAAGGACUCCAAACCGACCGCCGGUGAGGAGAUCUGUAGACAGAUAUAUGUUCUUCUAUGCAUGCACAAGGUGUCGCUAUCUUGCUUUAAGGCAAUGAUUUCCUCCAGAUUUGAAAUAUUAUUGAUACUCUUGCGACUUGUGUUACUCUUCCCCAAUAGUACUGAAGCCCUCGGUGUGCCCCAAAAAUUAGUCCCAGACAUCUGUUUGGGUAACAUCAGCAGUAGUGUCUAUCAGAAAAAUGUCAACGACCUUCUCUCCUCCCUCCUUUCUCAAGGCAACGGCAGCGGGUUUUACAGUUCCUCGAGAGGCCAAAGCCCAGACAAAGUUUACGCAAUAGGACUUUGUCGGGGCGAUGUUGAGCCGGAUGUUUGUGGAAAAUGCAUUAGCGACGCUACAUAUAUUCUCACCGAGUCUUGUCCUAACGGGACGGAAGCAACUGGAUGGUACGACAAUUGCAUGUUACGCUACUCAAAACGACCCUUGUAUGGCGUCAUGGAAUCAAAUAAACCUAGUCUCAGGAUGUGCAGCCCAUAUGACAUCGGGUUAGAGAAUACGGACGACUUCAACAGAAAACUGACGGCCUUGUUGGGAAGACUAAAGAGUGCAGCCGCCGCAGGAGGUGAUCUUCUCAAGUAUGCUGCAGGAAACACUACGUUCGGUUCUAUGUCUCAGUCGAUAUUUGCAGUUUUGCAGUGCACUCCCGAUCUGUCGGAGAUGGACUGCAGCAAAUGCUUGGGUGACACUGUUGAAUCCCUCCCAACGACUUGUCCUGCGAAGCACGGUGCGAGAAUUGAUUUUCUCAGCUGUUACUUGAGGUAUGAAGAUGCCCUCUUCUUCAACUCGGUAGUAGCUGCCACACCACCACCAAUUUCUCCUCCUCCACCAGGAUUAGGAUUAGGAGAAAAGAAGCAGAGUAAAAAUUCUCGGACCGUCAUCAUUAUUGUUGUGGCAACUACUGUUCCUCUUCUACUAAUUCUAUCCAUCUGCAUUUAUCUAAAAUUGAGGAAGACAAAGGCAAGAUUUGAAGAUUGUAUCCACGAACCAGGUGCAGAAGCCUUGCAGUUCGAUUUUGACUCCAUCAAAGUCGCUACAAAUAACUUUUCAAAAUCCAAUGAACUUGGACGAGGUGGAUUUGGCGUUGUUUACAAGGGUAAGCUUUGGAACCAAGAAGAUAUAGCAGUGAAGAGGCUUUCUAAAAACUCCGCACAGGGUGAUAUAGAAUUUAAAAAUGAGGUAGUGCUAGCGGCCAAGCUUCAACACCGAAAUUUAGUUAAGCUCCUUGGCUUCUGUUUGGAAAAAAAUGAAAGACUUCUUGUCUAUGAGUUUGUCUCAAAUUCAAGUCUCGAUAAUUUCAUAUUUGAUCCAAAGAUGCGGCAUUUGGAUUGGGAUACCCGUUACAAAAUCAUAGUAGGCAUUGGGCGGGGGCUUCUUUAUCUUCAUGAAGAUUCUCGUCUUCGAAUUAUUCAUCGUGAUCUCAAAGCUAGUAACGUCUUAUUGGAUGCAGAAAUGACUCCCAAAAUUGCAGAUUUUGGAAUGGCAAAAUUGUUUGAUUUUGAUCAAACACAAGGCCAAACCAGUCGUAUUGCUGGAACACACGGAUAUAUGGCUCCAGAAUACGUAAUGCGUGGACACUUUUCUGUUAAAUCCGAUGUCUAUAGUUUUGGUGUGUUGGUUUUGGAGAUUGUAAGUGGAGAGAAAAAUAAUUCUUUCUAUCACGGAAAGCAUGCAGAGGACCUUAUAAGCUAUGUAUGGAGAAGUUGGAGAGAAGAAACAGCUUCAAGUCUAAUAGAUCAUCUCACCUUGACCACUGAUUCAAGAAGUGAAGCAAUGAGAUGCAUCCACAUUGGAUUGUUAUGUCUGCAACAAAGUGUAGGUGAUAGACCAACCAUGGCUUCAGUUAUGCAAAUGCUUACUAGCAACUCUCUCACUCCUUCUCUCCCAAUACCAUCACAACCUUCGUUUCUUCUGAGUGGAUCUGACAUAUCCGGGUUAGAUCAAUCCCACAGCAAGGCUAAGCAAAUGAAUGAGGUUUCAAUAACAGAACAAUCUCCUCGUUAGUGCUUGAUGAAGGGUACUGCUAGGGAACAGAUUGAUGAUUCAAAGAACGUUUGGGAAUGCUGAAUUUUCGAGUCCGUUAGUUUGUUUUUUCUAUAGCUUUAUUUCUGUUUUGUAUGGGAGGUUUUGGUUUUUGGUCCCCCUCCUCUUGUAUUUUUCCUUCUUAAUUCUUCAAUAAAGUCUCAAAGAUUAAGGUGGCUUUUUGCCUCUCUUAACCUUUGACUUCAGCCAAAAAAAAAAAAAGAAGGCUGGAUUAUUAGACA